AUGGAGGAGCCCCCGAGGAUGCUCGAGCCCUCGGAGGUCCAAAAGAUGUACAGGUCGGGGAGCACGAUCAAGCCGGAGUCCGUGGGUACCGAGUCGCCGCCGGGGCGCUCGCCGGAGGUGCGCCCGAGGAACCUCGACGGGGACAAGGCCAAGGACGACGUGCUACCGAUAAUGCAGCUUUACAACACCUCGAGCAUGUUCAAUGGGAGCGAGGCCGAGCCGAUGAUGCCAUCAGCGACGACAACGAUGGCGACGACGAUAACGACGACGAUGACGACGACGACGACGACUACGAGGGGGGAGGCUGAGACGGCGACCAUAGCGACCACAGCGACCAUGGCGACGACGGCGAGCGCGAGUCCCAGUACCGCCGGCAUCCCGGCACACGGGCCCAGGAGGUCGACGUCGUCCCCGUUCGCGAGAAACUCGGGGAGUAGAAACGGGACUGGCUCGGCCAAGCCACACCGAGCCGAGUCUGCCGGCGAGUCAGGAUAUUACCCGGUCGAGCUGGGAAACAACGGCGACGGCAGUGGUGGCGUCGGUGCCAAGAGCAACAGGACGUUCUUAGAACCGCCGGUCUUCGUGACCAUGGCGCCCCGCGAACCCAUCGUGAACAUUAGUGAAGUGAUAUCGCGGAGGCACGACGGCGACGCCCUGGCGAGUCAGGAGACGGUGGCCGUCGUCAGCUACAUCCUCGCGACCCUCGUCGUCUUUCCAAUUGCCGUUGGCGUUGGACUGAUCUUGAGAAGACUGAUACUUAGAAAUCGUAAGGUGCUGGAGGAGUCAGAUACGUCGUCCGAGAUAAGCUGCAGGAAGGAUGCGCUCAACCUUGAAACAGGAGACUUCAAAAUGUCUAUAGAGAAGACUAUCACGAAGCUACCGAGGAUACAACAUCUCUGUCAUGAGGCAGAAAAGCCACCUCCACCCUCGUCGCAAGAAUCACGCUGGGAGUUCUCGAGAGAUAAACUGAGGCUUCAGACUGUCCUUGGCGAAGGGAAUUUUGGUCAGGUCUGGAAAGCGGAAGCGGAUGACUUGACUGGUCACCAGGGCACGACGCGGCUCGUGGCCGUGAAAACGGUGAAAGAGGGCGCCUCGGACAGAGAAAAGGAGGACCUCGUGAGGGAAUUGGAGAUUAUGCAGCGAGUCGGCAGCCACCCGAACGUCGUCACGCUUCUCGGAUGCUGCACGGAGCAAGCUCAUGUUGUUUCGCGCAUGAACAGAACUUACGAGAAGAUGGGAACGCACUGUAUCUCGAGCCGAAACCUCCUCCUGAUUACAGAACCACAUUACCUGAUCCUCGAGUACGUGAUGUACGGCAAGCUGCUGGCCUAUCUACGCGACCACCGUACUCGCCAGGACUUUUAUAACUUCAGCGAGGACUCGGCCGCUCUGACAUCUCGCGACCUCACCGUCUUCGGCUACUGCGUCGCCAGAGGAAUGGAGUACCUUGCAUCAAAGAAGAUCAUCCAUCGGGACUUGGCGGCGCGUAACGUUCUGGUGGACCACAACAAGCUCUGCAAGAUCGCUGACUUCGGGAUGUCGAGGUUCGCCAACGAGGACGGCGAAGUGAUCGAGACGAGGCACGGAAGGAAUGCCCUGCCCAUCAGGUGGAUGGCGCCGGAAUCACUCAUCUAUUCUCUCUUCACCACGAAAACCGAUGUCUGGAGCUUCGGAAUCUUGAUGUGGGAGAUUGUGACGCUCGGAUCAACGCCGUACCCGGACAUGACGGCCAGGGAGGUGAUGCGCAGCGUCCAGAGCGGCUACCGGCUGGAACGACCCUCCCAUUGUCGUAGCGAGCUGUUUCGCGUGAUCGCGAGAUGCUGGCACGCGGAUCCCGACCGAAGGCCGGAGUUCCAGGUGCUGAGGCGCGACCUCGCCCAGCUGCUCGAGGAUAACAUGAACGGCCACUACGUCGAUCUCGAGAGCUUCGCGUCCGAGUGCACCGAUUGAUCGUUGCGCCGAUUGCAUUGUCUCGGUCGGCAGAGGCAGAAUGUACGAGCGAUCUCUUUUGCCCUUGGAUGGCGAGCCCCGGUGCCGGGAUUUUCAUAGCACAUGCUUCUGAAUACGGUGGC